CCCCGCCUUUCCCAUCCUUCGGGGUCUCCCAACCGAUUCAUCCUCGUGCCCAUGAAGGUCUCCCCGGGCGCUCUCGGGCCCUGAGUCUUGCUUGCCACCCGCUCCCCCGGCCGGCCCCCUGGCACCCCGGGCCAUGGCACUGUCCGGUCGCCCGCCCCCCGGGCCCCCCCGGCUCAGGAAAGUUCGCCGGAGGCGAGAGAUGCUGCUCCAUCAAGUUGGCUUCGUCUGCGCGAUCCUGUCCACGGCGUGGGCCGCUUCCAGCCUACUCGUCGGGCCCGAUCAUGAAAUUUCUACAAACAACCGGGCUUUACCUGAAAUGUGGAGGAAUAGAAGGCUGAUGGCAUCGAGUAAUGGAACUCAAACAGCAAAGAAUUGCACAGAUCCUGCAAUUCAUGAGUUUCCCACAGAUGUAUUUUCCAACAGAGAACGGCAGCAUGGUGCAGUCCUGCUCCAUAUUCUUGGUGCACUUUAUAUGUUCUAUGCUUUGGCUAUAGUGUGUGAUGACUUCUUUGUUCCAUCUUUGGAAAAAAUUUGUGAGAGACUACAUCUGAGUGAAGAUGUGGCUGGAGCUACUUUUAUGGCCGCAGGAAGCUCAACCCCGGAGUUGUUUGCCUCCGUUAUAGGUGUAUUCAUCACUCACGGAGAUGUAGGUGUUGGGACCAUUGUGGGUUCAGCUGUUUUCAACAUCUUGUGUAUAAUUGGAGUCUGUGGACUAUUUGCGGGGCAGGUCGUUCUUCUGACGUGGUGGGCAGUGUUCCGAGACUCAGUGUAUUACACCCUCUCUGUCAUCGUCCUGAUUAUUUUCAUAUAUGAUGAAGAAAUUGUGUGGUGGGAAGGCCUCAUACUCAUCGUUAUGUAUGCAUUUUACAUACUAAUAAUGAAGUAUAACUUGAAGAUGCAAAACUUUUUCACAAUCAAACAAAAACACAUUGCAAAUGGCAACACAGUCAGCAAUGAGCUGGAGGAUGUGAAGGACAAGCCUCAGUACAGCCAAACAUCAGUGGUCAUGGUGGACGAGAUCCUCUGCUCCAGCCCUCCAAAAUUCAGCUUCCCAGAGGCCGGAUUACGCGUAAUGAUUACGAAUAAAUUCGGGCCCCGGACCAGGCUACGGAUGGCGAGCAGGCUCAUCAUUAAUGAGCGACAGAGACUGAUCAGCUCUGCUAAUGGGGUGAGCAAGCCGCUCCAGAAUGGGAAACAUGAGAACAUUGAAAAUGGAAAUGUGCCUGUGGAAAACCAAGAGGAACUGCAGCCGCAGCAGCAGCAGCAGCAGGCAGAGCCUGAUGUGCCCGAGAAUACGUUUCUCUCCCCAUUUUCAAUGCCAGAGGCAGGACUGGAAAAAGUAAAAUGGAUAUUUACCUGGCCGCUGAUAUUUAUCCUGUUUAUUACCAUCCCGAACUGCAGCAAGCCACGUUGGGAAAGGUUUUUUAUGAUCACCUUCAUUUUCUCUACCUUGUGGAUUGCGGUGUUUUCAUAUCUUAUGGUGUGGCUGGUGACUAUUAUUGGAUACACCUUUGGGAUCCCCGAUGUGAUCAUGGGCAUCACUUUUCUCGCUGCGGGGACCAGCGUGCCAGACUGCAUGGCCAGCUUAAUAGUAGCAAGACAAGGCCUUGGCGAUAUGGCAGUGUCCAACACCAUCGGAAGCAACGUGUUUGACAUCUUAGUGGGCCUUGGAAUACCGUGGGGAUUGCAGACUAUGGUUGUGAAUUAUGGAUCCACUGUGAAGAUAAAUAGCAAAGGACUGGUCUACUCAGUUGUGCUUUUGCUGGGAUCCGUAGCACUUACUGUGCUUGGGAUCCAUCUAAAUAAAUGGAAACUCGACAAGAAACUUGGCCUCUACGUGUUGGUCCUAUAUGCCGUUUUCCUGUGCUUUUCGAUAAUGAUAGAGUUUAAUGUCUUCACUUUUGUCAACUUGCCAAUGUGCCGAGAAGAUGAUUAACCUGAAGCUACGGGCAUGAGGGGGUCGGAGCUGUUUUGGAGACCGUGCCCGACAAAAGGCGGGGGGCAUUUUACUUCUCUGCUUUUUCAUCUCCAAAGGAAUGGCAUUCCUGCAUUGCCACCUAGCAGUCAACUCCUCCCUCUGAUGGAAGGACAAGAAAACAGUGGUCUGUGGGGCUAUGCCAGUGACAUGAGUCGAUCAUGGAAUUUUCCUUCUCUCUGGAGUUUCCUUCUCACAGACCCUUCCUUGGGACUGGUGUAAAGGAACCUUACAAUGACAGAGGUGCAAUGCUAAAGAUUCCUUGUGACUUCCUGUCUCCUUGAAACACAAGAAGGCAAACACAAGACAAGUGUGCAAGUGCACACGCAUGCACACACACACUCAAAGAGACACACUUGCACUUUUUAUCUACUAGAGCUCAUCUUUUAUCAUCUGGCAUUUACUCUUGGAAGUAAGGCUACCUGGAUCAGAAUUCUGCUUGCUCAGUGAAGGCACAAGUCAUAUUUAUUGAGUGCUUACUAUGUGCAGAGCACUGUGCUAAGCAGUUGGUAAAGUACAAUAUAACAGAGUUCACAGAAUGUGUCCACAAACGUCGCUUUUGAGUGUAACAGCAAGACCAGAAUUUUUAUUUUGUGAUGCAGCACGAACAAUUGAGAAAGUUUCUCUUCUCCAAGUGUUUGACUUCUGGAGCAAGGAUAUUUACAAGCCUGAACCUUGACUGAGUGGUUUAUCACUUUCUUUUGAAACAUUUGAAAAACACAGUUUCUUCAAAGGAAGAUGUGAAAACUGUGAAUGUUGUAUCACUUCUGAUGAUGCACUCUGAGAAUACUCUAUAAAUAGUUCAGAAUAAAAUAUGUAAUCAUACUUGAAAAUGUAUUACACCAUUGGAAAAGAACAUUUUACAAAUCAAAAGCUAAUAUUGAUUAAGAAUUGACAUUACAGAACAUCUUGUACUUGACACUAGAAAAGUUCAGUUUCAUAUUUGCAAGAAAUCAAAUCAGGUGCUAGACUGACUAAAUGGAAAGUAGAAUUAAUGGCUAAAAUACUUCUCACCUGUUCACAUUUCAAACCUUCUCUAUGCUGUAGUGUACUGUGGAUUUAGCUUUGUCAUUUCAUUGUUAAUUUUCUGUUUUUGAAACUUCCAUUCAGUUGCAACGUUUGCUGCACCUCCUCAGCCUUCAUAUAGAUCUCUGGGCAGUGCAGGAAAUACUGGAGAAUGACAAGAGUAAAGAUAAAUACGAUUGAAUGAAUAUCCUGGGGGUGGGGGGUGGGGAGAAAUCCUUCAUCUAGUUGGAUGGGGAAACUUAACAAGUCACCACUUAUAGUAAUUUAGAACUGGAAAACAACAACAACAACCUCAUAAGAUAUUGUGUGUGACACUAAUGGGCAAUAUGCUAAUUCAGAAUAGAUUCCACAAAAUAAUUAGCAUAUUUUAAAACUGCCACAUAGCUCUGAAAUAUAUAUUUAAAAGAUAUAUGAAUACAAACCAUCAAGGUUUCUAAAA